AUGAGUGCUUUAAGGCGGAUGAACGUCCCAGUAGUCAAUUUGGCCGGUGUUCCUCUCUCGUCCAACAAAAUUGGCAGCGGCAUGUUCGGUAUGUGCUAUCGCUACCAUUUCGGCGACGUCGAGAAACCUCUCGUGAUUAAGCUCUUUGAAAAUAACUGUAGUACUCCAAAAGUUCUCCGUGGAAUAUUGAAAGAAGUAACAAAUCUGAGAUCGGUAAGGAGUAUCGAAGGUGUGCCGAAAGUUUUCGCAGUGUCCGCGGUACCACCAUAUGGCAUUGUCAUGAGUGACGCUGGAACAAUUACCUUUCGGGACUGGCAACUACAAACGGCCCGAACACCGAUGGAAAUAAUAUCAGUGGUAAAGAAGAUUGCGGAGAUCAUCGCAAACAUGCAUCGUCAGGGCAUAGUACAUAACGACCUCCACGGGAAAAAUAUAGUGAUUAACGAAGAGACACAGAAGCCUACAAUCGUGGACUUUGGUCUUGCAGGCCGACUUGGUGCAUAUCGAUACAGGGACUAUAUGAAGGAGACUCCAAAAUUCGAUAAAGAUAAAUUGAAGGGUUCUAAUCAGACAGUGUGUAGUACAAAACGAACUGCCAGCGCCAGUGAAAAGCGAUUUGAUCAAAAUACUUAUAUUUUGCUGGACUUCAUUUUCCGCUGA